AUGCGCCCGCAAUCUGUUCCCGCCGCUCAGCCGGGAUCCGGCUCGGCUGACUCCUCAGACACCUCCCCGUCUUCGCGUCAGCCCUCUCUGUCUUCCUCGACUUCGGCCGCGUGCGCUUCCUCUGUCUCUUCGUCCUCUCUCCCGCCCCAGCCUCGGAACCCUGGAGCGACAGAUGGAAAGGCGGGGCCCUCACGACACAGUUGUAGCAGCGGCUGUCGCGCGCCGUUCCUCUACAGCUGCGACUUGGACGCUCUUCUCUCUUUCACCAUCGGCGGUCUCCUGGCCGUGCCCAGAGACGCGCCCGCUAGGAGAAAGAAAGAGGAACUCUGCCACGCAGAAGGCGUCCACGCGGGGCUGAAAAAGCCUGAGGGAAGGUUAGUAGACCACGAAAGAGAAGACGAGAAGGCAGACCGAUUUGGGAAAAAGGAGACGCCGCCGCUAAGCGACGCACGCGCUCGCGGCGCAGUCCAGAGAGGCGAGCAAAGAGACACCGAGGGGCUGUCGCCGGAUGAACACAAGGCAGGCGAGUUCCUGACCCACGGCCACACGUCGUCUUUGGGCGUCGACGAGGAGAGGCUAGGGGAGGCCGCGCAGCGCGCUGCAGAAUUCGCCUCUUUGUACGAAGAAGAAAACGCAUCAAGUCGAUUUGUGAUUUGCGUCUCGCUCUUCAUGCAUGGCCGCCGAGUCUUCCACCCUGUCACUUGCCGGCCUUCGCCUUGGCCUCCCUCCUUCCCUUACUCGCGCAGAGCUGCGACUAGUCAGUCUCCUUCUCUCGCCUCGUCUUCCGGUUCGCCGUCGCAGCCCUCCAUAAAAAGAUACCUGCGGCCUUGUCUCCACGCGCUAAUUGGAGACUCCCGUCAUCACUCUUCCCGCCCGUCAACCUCUCUUCAUCGCUCCUCUUCGCCGUCUUCCUCUCCUUCUUCUUCCUCUCCUUCUUCCUUUCCUCCUUCCUCUCCUUCGUCCUCUCCUUCUUCUUUCGCUCCUUCCGCUUCGGCUGCUGCGGGGUUCUCUUUGUCUCUGGAUGCUUCGCCUUCGUUUCUGCCUUUCCACGUCUCGCUGCGUCUGCCGGUCCGCGCGAGUGCGCUGCCUCGAGACGCGUUUCUUCUCUUUGCAGUUCGCCGAGCAGAAGAUGUUCCGCGGGCGGCCACGCUCGAAGGCGAACUCACAAGUCCUCUCUACGCUGUGGGGAUUUUGCCCCUCUUUGACGGCGGCGGCCACAUGCGGCAGGGCCGGGAACUCAUCAAGCUCGUCCGCGUUCUCUCCCCGUCUUUUUCCUUCUUCUCGCGUCUGCGACAGGCGCUCACCGCCUGCGAGGCUGCAUUCUGUCAGUCCCAAAAUGCCACCACCGAUCCGCUCGCUUCCUCAGAGUCUGUCCCCUUCUCGUGUUCAGUUUCCGAGAACGGUUUGCCGCCUGCCUGCGCGGGCGACGAAGCGUCCCAGCAGCUGCUUCGGCUCUUCGAGGCCGCAGUCCUCUCGCCUGCCUUCCUCCCUUCUUCGCUCGCUUCUAGCCAAAGCGAAGAAAUGUGUCAGGGGAAACCGAACGAAUCUUGGUUCUCGCGAGGCGCCUCGGAAGGCUCAGGCGCCGAGGAGACAGUCGGACGCUGUGCAAGCGAGGAGCGACGCGCAGCGCAGAACCUCGACCUCCAGCGGGCUCCUCUCCACGCACGGAAAGACGCGAGUCCGCAGUGGGAGACAGAACGCGAAACGCUCGCCGUCGAGGCUCUCGCGUGCUGCAGUGGAGACAUCUCGGCGCACGCCCGACUCCCCAAGAUGUCCGCGGAGACGGUGCUGUCUCUUCUUCUCUCGCCGCUCGCGCCCUGGCUCGCCGACCUUCUUCUCCAGUCCCCAGAGGAAGCUGAAAAAAGGGCGAGGCGGCGGCUGCAAGGAGUUUCGAAGCGUGCGAGGAAGAUGGGAGACGCUGAGACUGGCCGCGAGAGAGGUGGAGAAGAGAGCGAAACGCCGCCAGGAUUCCCUGUCUCUUUUUCCGGUGGUCCGAGUCCUGAGAUCCCUCCUUUCGUUCCGCAGGAGGAGCAACCGUCGUCCUCGGAAUCGGAGGAAGACGCGAGCCCCCAUGGCCCGGUGAAGAAGUCGCCAGACAGAUCUCUCUCUCUCUCCGCGCGUCCGGUGUGUUUUGAAGACAAGCCUCCCUCGAGCUCUGGAGCAGGCUUCCAGACGGUCGGACGCUCUCUCUUCUUCCCUGGGGCGGAACAACGCGCGGUCUCUUCUUCAGCCGAUCGCGAACUCGCCCCUGGCGAAGCGACAGGACACGGCCGGCACCCGGCGCUCUCUCGCCCGCAGCCUGGCGGCUCUGCCGCGUGCUUCGCGUCUCCAAGCGCAGGCCGGAAACCCGAGGCGAGAGGCCAAAAAGGCGGCGAGAGGCAUCAUCUUCUUGCCCACGCCGACGCGCAGUCGCAGCCUCUUCUUGGUCCUCAGGACGUGUCGAGCCGAGCCGUUUGCGACGCCGAACUCCUGAGCCUGCGGCGAGUCGUGCGGCGGCGCCGGCGCGUCCUCGGCGAGAUGUAUCUCCGCCACGUGGUGCAAGAGCGCGACCUUUUCCGACGCGCAAAGCUGCUCGACAUGCUGGAGCGCGGGGCGUUCGCGAGUGGAGGCCCGACUGUCGACGGGCGCGCGCAACAGAAUCUGCAGCGAGAGCUCCACGAGACGCUCUCCCUCCUUCAGAGCCAGGCAGACGCCCUUGAAGCCCAGCGCGCCGCCUCGUGGUUCUUCCCUGGCUUCGACGCUGGGCAUCUCUUCCCACCUCACCAACAAGGAAUCCCGUCGGGGUUUCUUGACGCCUGUUCUUUCUCUUUCGCGGAUCUCGUCGCCGGGCCCGAGGCUUCAGACCUGCCGAGUCGCUCCCCAGCGAAGGCGAGGCAGGCUCUGGGGGCCACGAGUGCGCCAACUUCCUUCGGAGAACGACCUUUUUUGAGGGCCGAAGUUGCGCUUCUCCAGCUUCGUGCGCAUGCAGAGACAACUGCGAUGGCUGCUGUCGGAGCGGCAGGGUAUCUCUACGUCGAACUGCCUUUCUACAGCUUGCCUACGCUCCACGGCGAGCCUCGAAUUGUGUCUGCGGUGCCUUUUCUCCCGCUGUCUCCGGCGGCGGUUCUCCAGAAGCAGCUCCAGGCGCAGGUUUCUCAGCAAAUGCAGAAACAGUCGGCGUCGACUUUCGCCGCGCUUUCGGCGGAAGGCGCACAAGGCCUGUCGACGGCCCCGGCCGCUGCGGCCGCCACGUCUGCGGGCGCGGCGCGCGAGGAAACAGGCGACCGCCGCGGCUCGGUCUCCUGGCGAGACGGCCGAGCCGGGAACGGAGACGCGCAUCCCGAACGCAUCGAGCAUCCUCUCGCCCCAGCUGUCCUCGCCAGAGCCCUCCAACAACAGUUCCAGAAGGAAGCGAACUCCAUGGGAAGUGGAAGCGCUCCUGUUUCUUCGCCUGUGGCAGGAGACGCGGGGAACAGGCGAGAUGACGAACGAGCCGGAGUGGGAACUGAGUCUGAGAGAGAACCCGAAAGAGCAAAAGAGAAGAACGAGAAAGAGGGGAAGAACGAGAAAGAGGAGAAGAAUGAGAAAGAGGAGAAGGAGGAGGAAGAGGAGAAGGAGGAGAAAGAGGAGAAGGGGAUGAAGCGUGGAGAUGGCCAAGAGAGGACCUCGCCGGUGGCGCCUCGUAACUACAGCGACGCGCAGGAGGACAGAUUCCAAAGCGGCGCCGGAAAUCUUUCAAAGCCGAGCUGUCCCCUCGCAAAAGAUCGCGCGCGUCUCGACUGCAUUCGCGCAUCUGCUUCGGCCGCGAAUUGGCUGUCGACGAGUUGGGGCGUCUCUUCCACUCCCCCCGCCGCCCUUGUUCGCUUUCCGCUUGUCGCGACUCUCGCUCGUCCCCCGCGACGAGCUGACUCGAACUCUUCUCUGUCGUCUCGUCUCUCGCUUCCUCUGCAAGAGAGCGGCCGAGCACUCGACGGCAAAGGGCCGUUGCACGACGCUCCUCCAAACCCGGCAGGCGCCGCCCCACAGUCGCCACGAGCGAAGUCCGAAGAAGCGAAAACGGAGACGCAGGCCGGGAAGCCACCUAUGCAGCUCUUAAACCUCUCCGUGGGCGACGCCAUCGCGGCGCUCCACGCGUUCAAGCGCGACGCCUUGGCGGAGUCAGGCGAAGGGUCGGACGAGCGUGAGAGUCUUGUCGCGAAACACGAAGAUUAUCCACCACCCUUGCAGAGUGGAGUAACGCGCCCGGGGGUUCUUCUCGACUUCGCCUGGAACCUGCCGCAUCCCUCAGGGAUGCUCUGGCAUCCGACAGCCCUCGACGCUCUCGGCGAUGGGUCAACUGUCCCGGCGACCUUGCGCCCACACGGCGCGGCGGUCGCGCUGCUGAACGGCCUUCUCCAGUCGCCGCCGCAUCCUCUCCUUUUCCACGAAAAAUUGCUCCUCUGGAACUACCGGCACUACGCGAUUCGUCAGCCGGGCGGCCUCGCGAAGCUUUUGCAGGUCGUGGACUUUCCGUCGUCUUCCGCGCUUCUGCGCGUUCCCUGGACAGGCGUCUCUGCGGCCUUUCUCUCCGUGCACGCGCCCUCAACCGCACUCGCAGUCACGGAGGAGGUUGUCGCCCUAGCCGAGCGCUGGCCUCUAGACGGCGUCGCCUUCUUCGAGCGCGGCGGGGCGCGCGGCAAAGCGUCUGCCUCAGCCGCGGAUCCUUGCCGGCGCCCGGCCGACGACUCGCGCAGAGAAGGAGAAGACAGGGACAGCAGAGAAAACGGGAAAGACUCGACACACAGAGAAGAGAGAGAAAAGAGAGGAAACAGAGGCAGGCGAGAAGACAGGGAUUGGGGAUGUGGGUCAGAUGCAGUAGAAAAUGACCAUUUGCGGGAGUUGCAAAUCGUCGCGGAAGUCUUUGAAGUCAUCGUCGCCAGCUGGGGCAAAGGAGCCUGGUGCGGCGUGACGCGCGCAGCCCACGCCGUCCGCGUCGCGGCGAUUCGCGCCCUCGAAAAAAUCCCCGACGAAAUCCUCGACCUCUUCCUCAUGCAACUUGUCCAGGCAAUGAGGUUCGAGCAGCUGCCUCUGGACGCGCUUCUUCUCCCGCCCGCAGCGUGCGCCGCCGUGGCCAAAUCCGCCUCGUUCUCCGCGUCUCCUUCGGGCUCUCCAGUUGCAGGUUUCCCCCCAGCCUCGCCGCCAGGCGCUGGAACUGCCUCUCUGCGGCGCGCGGAGACGAGCGUUUCGCAGAGACCGCCGGGACAUUUCGACUCCGUCCCGGUGUCUCUCCUGAGGGCGCGCGUCUCAGGCUCGGCCAGCACGCCGCUGACGAAUUUCCUGAUCCGCAGAUGCAUGCGCAACGCCGCCCUCGCCGUCAAACUCUUCUGGCUCUUCCAGUGCGAAAAGGAAGACACCGACAACGGUCAUAUCUUUGUUCGCGCCGAGCAACGCUUCUUCGACGCCCUCCAAAAAAACGCUGCCAAACGUACCCGGAAAGACAAACAAAACGCUUCUUCCUCUUCUUCGUCCUCUUCCUCUUCUUCGUCCUCUUCCUCUUCUUCUUCCUCUUCUUUACCCGUGUCGGGAGCGCGCAAGUCGGCGAAUGGAGGCGGCGAAGUGAGAGAAGAGGCCCUGCCGCGAGAGCCUGCGAGGCAAGCGAAUAGAGACAGGCGUGCAGGCAACGCGGGACAGGAAGGAGAGAGAGAGACAGAGAAAGGAAGUCUGCGCGGAGGCAGGGAGGCCGCGGGAAAGACAGAUCCGGAACCAGGAGAUAGUGCGGCAGAGUCCACGAAAAGAAAAGAGAAAGUCGAGGCGACAGCGCCGAGAGGAUCCAGUCGCUCAGCACUGCUGGCCGCAGAAAUCCUAGAAAUCCUGGAAAUGCAAGUACAGCUGAGGACCCAGCUGAUGGCGUUGAAUGGGGUGAUUCGCGACAAGCGGGAAAGGGCCGAGAGAAAAACCGAGCAUUUGCGGGAACUUCUGGAGGUCACGCCUUUAUGCCCAGGUUUGAUCUGCUUCUCUGCGUCGACGACGCCGACCUCUCGUCAGCCUUCGUCUUCCUCUUUGGGCACCGCUCUUCUUCCUAACUCGCCAGCCCAGCCUCUCGCGUCCUCUGUCGCUUCCGCUUCUGUUCCUUCCGCCUCCUCGACGGUUUUCCCUUCUUUCCCUUCUUUGUCUCCGGAGCAGCUGGAGGAAGAAGAGCUCCAGGCCGAGGCUCUUUCCAAGACUCGCAAGGGCGACGGCGAUGGCCCGAAACAGCGAGAAGGCGACGCACCCACGCCGGCGUCUGCGAAGCUGUCUUCUCUCUCGCUUUCUUCGCGCUCAGUCGGAGCAGGCGACGGAUCUUCGCAUUCACAAACCGACCAGCUCAGAGACUGCCCGAACGCCGGAAAACGCUCGUCCUCUUCUUCCUCUUCGUCCUCUUUGGUUUCUCUGAAAGGCGCGAGAGAGACUGCCCUGAGGGCGGCGGGGGGACGUGCGCUGUGGCCUGGGGUGCCGUUGCCCGUAGACGUGCAUUUGAGGCUCAUCGGCGUGGAGGUUGGCGAGUGCUGGGUGGUGAAGAGCAGUCUGUACCCCCUCGUUUUGUCUUGCUGGGUUUUGGCGCUGCGAGGCGCGCGAAGUGAGAGGCGGCGACGAGCGCAGCAACGCCUGAGAGAAGAAGAGACGCAUGACGCGCGGCGCGCGACGACGCAGGAAACGCGACAGCCAGGACUUGGCGAAGACAAGGACAAACCGGGGCGGAGCGAAGGAAGAGGAGAAGAAAGAGACGAAGCAAGAGGAGAAGAAAGAGGAGAAGGAAAGGAAGGGGGACCAGAAAAAACACGAGAAGAACGAGAAGGAAAAGAAAGAGAAGAAAGAGGACAGGUUGCAGAGGCAGGUGCGAAGGAGGGGGUGAGACCAGAAGGACGCGGAGGUGCGAGGGGGGAGAAAGAAGGGGAGAAGGACGAAGAGGCCUUCCCUGCAGCGCCGUCAAAGUUUGGAGUCCGAGGCGAGAGAGACGCAGAGACGCGAGGAGACGAGCAGGCGACGCGGAUGCAUGCGCUGCUCUCACAUGGAGAGAGACGGGGAAGCUCGGAGAAGAAAGAAGACGAGGCGGCGGAGGACGGACCACGAGUCAACCGCGCCGCACGUGAAGAGCCGCAGGCAGGUGUCUCUUCCUCCCCGCCGCAAGGCGAGGGGCGAGAAGAAGCGCGAGCCGGAGCCGAGGAAGAGAAGCGAGGGGAGGGAGCGGAUCAGGAGAAGAUGAAGGGAGAACUCGCUGGCGGCCGAGCGUCAAGAGCAAAGCUCGCGCGCUUUGGCACUCGCGCCGCAUGCACAGGCGAAGUGCAGAAGAAACUUUUUUUGUACAAAGUUGGAGACGAUUUGCGGCAAGACAUGCUGGUCCUUGGCCUGAUUCGCAUCGUCGACGGCCUUCUCAAGCAGUACGGACUGGACCUGAAAUUCACGCCCUAUCGAGUCGUUGCGCUGUCGACGGAGGACGGGUUCAUCGAAUUUCUUCACGGCGCCGAGUCUCUGAGCUCGAUAAAAAAAAAAUACAAAACUCUCAUCAACUACUUCACUCACGUCCACCCCGACCCCGACAGCCCCUUCGGUUUUUCCGAAAAGGUGUGGACCAACUUCAUUCGGAGUUGCGCAGGGUCAAGUCUGGUCACCUUUUUGCUUGGGAUUGGAGACAGGCAUCUCGACAACAUUCUCAUUGGGCUAGACGGGCGGCUCUGUCACAUCGACUUCGGAUUCAUUCUCGGAGAAGAUCCCAAGCCGUUUCCGCCCCCAAUGAAGAUAUGCAGCGAAAUGCUGGAAGUUAUGGGGGGCAUUGGCGGGGAAGGCUACACCCUCUUUGUCGCGCAGUGCUGCCAAGCGUACAAAAUUCUUCGGCUGCAUGCGAAGCUGGUCUGCGUGCUCCUCGACCUCAUGGUCGACUCGGGAAUCAAAGAUAUCAAGAAAAACCUCGUUUUUUCAACCGCCUCGGCGCCGUCCGAUCUCGCCUCUGCUCAGAACACCCCCCUCCCCACAAGUGGGUCUUUCACGUCGAGUCCCCAGCAAGGCCCAACUGUCUCCACUGUCUCCUCAACUGUCUCCGGUGUCUCCGCGUCUCCUCCAGGUUCCGGCACGACGGCGGGCGCCGGCGCCCCAGGGGGUCUCCCCAAAGGGGCCGUUGGGGGCGAGGCUGUGGGGCCUGGAGGCGGUGUGGGGUCUUCGGUCGCCUUGGGGAUCGGCGGGCCAGGCGGUCCCAGCCUGUUUCGCGGAGACAGGUCGCCCCAACUCCCCGCCGCGCCGUCUCCGCCUGCAUCGUACUUUCCGGGCCCGAGCCUGCUGGGCAACUUCGGGACUCCUGGAGGGACUGUUUCCUUCGAUCCCGAGCUGUCCCCUUCGUCGACGGUCGCGGGGCCUCCGCGCGACGCUGCGCCGGAACCGCGUGGCCCAGGCCCUGUCUCUUCAGGUGUGUCCUCAGAGGGCCCUGGCGUGCCUGCGAUCGAAAGCGGAGGGCGAGGUCGGCGGAAAGUCGUGUGCGUGGCCGUCGAAAAAGUGAAGGAAAAGCUUCGACUGGAUUUGGGAGACGAAGAGGCGGAACGUUAUCUCGUUGGUGUAAUCAACAACAGCGCACGAGCGCUCUUCCCGGCGGUCGUGGAUAAGCUCCACGAAUGGGCGUUGUACUGGAGAUGA